CAUGCGCACUCAUGAGCGCGGGUGGGGGCACAUCGGCAGAGCAAAAAUGGCUGCGGCAAUGCGGGUGGCGGCUUCUGGAACAAAGCCUUGGGUUCUAGUGAGCAGUGUCGGGAGCCAGGCAACGCGGAGCGCCGCGGUCCGCAGUCUUUGUAUUCAGCCAGUCCCCAUUAACGAGCGCAUCGAGAACAAGCGCCGCGCCGCACUACUAGGAGGAGGUCAGGGCCGCAUAGACGCCCAGCAUAAGCGGGGGAAAUUAACGGCCAGAGAGCGGAUCAGUCUCUUGCUGGACCCUGGCAGCUUUGUUGAGAGCGACAUGUUUGUGGAGCACAGAUGUGCAGAUUUUGGAAUGGCUGCUGAUAAGAAUAAGUUUCCUGGAGACAGUGUGGUCACUGGACGGGGCCGAAUCAAUGGAAGAUUGGUUUAUGUCUUCAGUCAGAAUUUUACAGUAUUUGGAGGGAGUCUGUCAGGAGCACAUGCCCAAAAGAUCUGCAAAAUCAUGGACCAGGCCUUGACAGUGGGGGCACCAGUGAUUGGACUAAAUGAUUCUGGAGGAGCACGGAUCCAGGAAGGGGUGGAGUCCUUGGCUGGCUACGCAGACAUCUUUCUGAGGAACGUCACGGCGUCCGGAGUCAUCCCACAGAUUUCUCUGAUCAUGGGCCCGUGUGCUGGUGGGGCCGUCUACUCCCCGGCCCUAACAGACUUCACGUUCAUGGUAAAGGACACUUCUUACCUGUUCAUCACUGGCCCUGAUGUUGUGAAGUCUGUCACCAAUGAGAACGUUACCCAGGAGGAGCUUGGUGGUGCCAAGACCCAUACCACCAUGUCAGGCGUUGCCCACAAAGCUUUUGAAAAUGAUGUUGAUGCCUUGUGUAAUCUACGGGAGUUCUUCAACUACCUGCCCCUUAGCAAUCAGGACCCGGCGCCCAUCCGCGAGUGCCACGAUCCCAGUGACCGUCUGGUUCCUGAGCUUGAUACAGUUGUCCCUUUGGAGUCUACCAAAGCCUACGACAUGGAGGACAUCAUACACUCUGUUGUUGAUGAGCGAGAAUUUUUUGAGAUAAUGCCCAAUUAUGCCAAGAACAUCAUUGUUGGUUUUGCAAGAAUGAACGGAAGGACUGUUGGCAUUGUUGGGAACCAACCCAAGGUGGCCUCAGGAUGCUUGGAUAUUAAUUCAUCUGUGAAGGGGGCUCGUUUUGUCCGCUUCUGUGAUGCAUUCAACAUUCCACUCAUCACUUUUGUUGAUGUCCCUGGAUUUCUGCCUGGCACAGCACAGGAGUAUGGGGGCAUCAUCCGGCAUGGUGCCAAGCUGCUCUACGCAUUUGCUGAGGCAACUGUUCCCAAGGUCACAGUUAUUACCAGGAAGGCCUACGGAGGUGCCUAUGAUGUCAUGAGCUCCAAGCACCUUCGUGGUGACACCAACUAUGCCUGGCCCACAGCAGAGAUUGCAGUCAUGGGAGCAAAGGGUGCUGUGGAGAUCAUCUUCAAAGGGCAUGAGAAUGUGGAGUCUGCUCAGGCAGAGUAUAUUGAGAAGUUUGCCAACCCUUUUCCUGCAGCAGUGAGAGGGUUUGUUGAUGACAUCAUCCAGCCUUCCUCCACUCGUGCCCGAAUCUGCUGUGAUCUGGAUGUCUUGGCCAGCAAGAAGGUGCAGCGUCCUUGGAGGAAACAUGCAAAUAUUCCACUGUGAACAAAUCAAAGGAAAAUGAACCAAAAACUAAAAUUAUUGCCUGGCCAUUCACACCCCAUCCCUGCCUUUUAUAAUCAUGAACCUGGGAAUCUAGAUACCAGUAGUAACUUAAAAUGGCUAAGUUUAUUAAAUUCUAGAAAGGUCUGUUUUGUACCUUGCUGUAAAAUUACUUGCCUUAUUAAAAAGCUUAAUCGAUA